UUGUUUUUGUUUGAAGCUUACAUUUACUCUGAGCGACCAAAGCGAUGAGCAGCCGGGCUGGCGUUUCGCGUGACUCAUUGCAAUUUCCGAACCGAUCGCGUACGGAAGCUGAGAACCGAUCACCCGAAACGUGAACCGCUCUGUGCUGAUCAGGCUUCAACUGGUCCCGGUCCGAGCUGUCCCAACGCAACACGCUUGAGUGAUUCACCUCACGGCGGCACGCUCAGUGGCCGGCUCUGUGCGCGCUUUUUACCCAUUAACCGUGGACCGUGGUGGUGGCGUGAUAGUUCAAUUAGGGCGACGAAAUGAAGCCAUUCAAAAAUGAAUUAGUGUGACGGAAAAGUCAAGCACGUCUAAAGUUGUCAAACAGCCUUACCCUACUAAGCGUGGAACCCGUGGUAAUGUGAAACCUGGGGGGCGCACAUGCUAAACAGCAACCCCACAGGCAACUUGGUUGUCUCAUCAUCAUUAUCGUGAAGCAAACUGAAAGCCCCGAAAAAUCCUCACCGUCGCAUCAUUUAGCACAAUCGGGACAUUCGGUUCCGCAUCGAUUCGGGAGUGUGUGUGUGUGUUCGAACAUCCUAAACCCUUUGUGAGAGUGGUGUGUGUGUGUGUGUGUCCGUCCAAAACAAUGAAGUCCCUCCAGCGGAUGAUGGUCGGUGCCGGACUCGUGAUCGUGACGCUCCUCGCCCUUGGCGGUGAAUCGUUCAACCUUUCGCCGGUACCGAACUACGUGUUCCGGGAGCCCGAUCUGCAGCUACACAUGGAAAAAGUACGCAGCUCGUACUUUGGAUACUCGCUGAAUCUUCGGCCAGGCGGCCUGAUUGUCGGCGCACCGAGAGCCCAGUCGGAUUUGGCAGCCCAGCGCAAAGUGAACGAAACGGGCGCCAUCUACCGGUGCUCUUUUGCGGCGGACGCACCCGAAUGUUUCCCCUACUACUUCGACAAGAUAGGCAACACCAAAGCGGAACAGUCGGACUUUGCGUACAACUCGGAAAAGAAGGACUUCCAGAUGCUGGGGGCCGCCAUGGAUGGGCACGGAUCCGACGGCGAUCGGUUUGUGGUGUGUGCACCGAAAACGAUCAGCGAGCUGGUCGAUUACUAUCUGCUGCAUGGCAUCUGCUACGUUACGGACGGUACCGAGCAGGACCAGGAACCGAAGGACAUUCGCAAGAUCAUACCGUUGCGGGCGAAGGAUAAACAGCUGCACAAGGAUGCACACGGCCAGUACUACAACUACAUGUACGGUGAGCAGGGCGUCAGUGUGCACGUCACGGACGACGGCGAAGAGAUCCUGAUCGGUGCACCGGGAGUGUUCAAUUGGCGCGGUACGGUCGUACGCUACAGGCGACGCUUCAACGAAGAUAUGGGUGGCCUCAGCCGACGGGACGAAUGGGCCGCUCAGCAGCGUCCAACGAAUCGGCACCGGCGUCAGAUCGUGCAGUACGUUAGCGACGUACCGAACCCGUACUUUAGCGCCGUGAAGGAUGAUUCGUACUUUGGGUAUGCGGUCGGAUCGGGAGAUUUUCGUGGCGAUCGGAAAACACUGUACGUGGCGAGUGCUCCACAGUCGAAGGGACAGGUCGGAGAGGUGUUCAUCUUCGACAUCAUCAAUGCGGACUCGUUCCUGGAGACGCAGAUCAAGGUACAGUACACGUUUCCCGGCCAGCAGCAGGGUGAAUACUUUGGCUAUGCCCUGCUGGCGGAAGAUUUCAAUGGCGACGGGUUUGCGGAUCUGGCGAUCGCGGCCCCCAUGCACAGCCGAUCGGGCGAUCACGAUAAUGGGGUGGUGUACGUGUUCUGGAACGAGGGUGAGCUGAACUUCCAGCUGCAGGGCAAGCUGUCGGGUAAUCAUGAGGUUGCUGGACGGUUCGGUACGAGUCUGGGACGAAUUGGCGACAUUAACAUGGAUGGAUAUAAUGACAUUGCUGUAGGAGCUCCGUACGAGGGUAAUGGUGCGGUGUACAUCUUCCUCGGCUCGCCGGACGGACUUCAAGCGAAACCGAGCCAAAAGCUAACACCUCCACCGAACGAGCUGCUCUCACCCCAGCCCAUGUUUGGCUUUGCACUGUCGCGUGGUAGCGACAUCGAUGCCAACGGGUACAAAGACCUAGCCAUUGGGUCCCCGAAUGACGAGAAGGUGUACGUUUACCGGACGUACCCCGUGGUACGCAUCGAGGCGGAAGUGACCUCCUCCAAACGAGAGCUAACGCUGGAAGACACCACGUUCGAUCUGUCCAUCUGCCUAAGUGCAGUGUUUGCCGCGGGACAACCCUUCGGCGUACAGCUCAAGUACGAGAUUACCGUCGAUGGGCAGGUUGGGCGCGUAACGCUUCCCGGGGUUGGAGGGAAUAGACGCACGGAAACGAUCACCGUUACCGGUACGAGCGAGUGUCGUCGAAUCGAUGUCCGGCUGAAGGCUACCGCUGCCAGCAUCUACAAGCCCGUGUUGGUCGAGCUGUCCUACGAAUUGGUACGUUCGCUACCAACCGAAACGGGCGCCGGGUUCUGUGCCGACUGUGCGCUGCUCGAUCCAACCGUUGCGAAUCGCUUGAUACAGAAGAUUUCCUUCAAGACGGGCUGUCAGGGUGAGGUGUGCGUAUCGGAUUUGCGACUAUCCGCCCGCUGGCUAGACAUAUCGCCCGUCUAUGUGCUCGGCAGCUCGAAGAAAGCGUCCCUCGAGUUUGAGGUGUACAAUGCGGGUGAGCAUGCGUACUUGCCUCAGCUGAACGUAACGCUUACGCCGGCACGGUUAACGCUGGCCAAGCUGACGUCGGGGUGUCAGCAAACGAUAACAGCGGACGCUGUUAAUGUGCUGUGCGAUCUCAACAAUGGGCUACCGUUGAAGGCGUCCUACACUUCGCGGUACACGCUGAUCCUCGACAUGACGAAGCUGGAAGGUAGCAGUGCGGAGAUUAAGGCGGAAGCGCUCAGCACUAGCGAAGAGUCGGCGCAGGAAGACAACUUCCUGGAGCAGGUGCUAACGCUGCAGGAGUUUAGCGAUAUCGAGAUUAUAGGAAAAACGUCGUCAUCGGAAGUCUUCCUAGAGAAGCAAAGUGGUCUACACAACGUCACGUACGAGAUUCAGGUCCACAGCAACGGUCCCAGCACGUUCCGUCGGUUGGGUUUCACGCUGGAUGUCCCACUGGUGUACCACAAACCAAGCUCGGGACAAUCGUACAAGAUCAUCAGCUUCAACAACAUCGUCGUGUCGGGUUACUACAACUACAAAACGCUCGACUACACCUGGACGCAGAACGAUACGAUACUGCUGCCGAAUCCGAUCGAGCACGAUCACAUCGUUCCGCCGACAGUUGACGUCGAGGAUAUGCAUCGAUUGCCGAGUGACUUCGACCUCCUCUCGGGCGGUGGUGGAGCUGGAAUGGGUGGCUUUGCUAGUGAAAACCAACCUCACGGUUAUGAUCAAAGUUCGAUGGGCAUGCAUCGCCGCCGCCGUCGAGGUCUAGGGCAUGGAGGAUCGCCGGUACACACCUACAACCGUUACACGGGCCAACUCUCCGGACAUUCGCGCGUACGUCGAAGUCUUUCGAAGGUGAACGAUGCCACCGUGCAGGCGCUUCCCGCGAAUCGUACCCUAUUCUUUAACUGUGCCCAGGAGGACGCGUUCAUCGAGUGUGCUCGGCUUAACGUCGCGGUAGACAUCUUCCGUCCGACCAAUGUACCGAUCAUCAUAACGCUACAGUUCCAGCUCGAUCUGGACGCGAUCGGUGAAGCGUUCCUCGAGCGGGAAGACAUCUUCGCGCUGAUGAUGCUGACGGACGUGCACAAGGUGGGUGAUCCGGAUGGUGUCACGUACCGGCAGGUACGCAGCAAUCCGUUCACCGUCGUGUAUCGUUACGCGGACGGCAGUACACCGAUCUGGGUGUACAUUGUGUCGGCACUCGGUGGUCUGCUGCUGCUGGUCGCGAUCUCGUACGGAAUGUAUCGGGCAGGGUUCUUCAAGCGUACCACCAAGGAGGAGAUGGAAAAGCUGCAUCGGGAGAGUACCAGGCUUAACGAGCCGGAGCAGGGAAAUCAAUCACCGGCGGAGGCUACCACGGAACUGAACUGAAGGUUAAUGAGCUAAGCUGAACGACACAACAUCAUUUCUGACACCAAAUUCUAUUCGCUAAGUAUUGCAACGAUGCGUCGUUGUUGCCAAGGUAGGAUUAGUGGUUUUCCAAUGAUGCUCUAGCGCAGGGUCGCCAUAUUGUAUGUGUCUUUAGCAGAUUCAUUCAUCUUGCCUAGAAACCCUUGCUGCUGCUGUGAAGAUAUGCCUCUCUGCCUCUUCCAGUUUUUUUUGGAAUGAAUUAAGAUCAGAUAUGUUUCAAGAAGAUCCUUACUUAAAAAUUGCGGAUCAAAUUUUUGGUCCACGAUGAGAGCCAGCUAAACUUUAACCUCAUGGAAGAACAUUCAGACUCCUUAGAAGAUCAGAUGCGUGAUCACUUAGUUUGACAGACUGGACUUAUACAUCUUUUUUUUUUUCAUUUAUUUAUAGAGGCAUCUAAGAUCUUAGAUUCGCCUCUUUCAUGGACUCAUUCGCCUCUUUUAUGAACUUAUACAGAAGGUUUAUGCGUGGAUGUCUGACGAUGGCCAGUACUUCCGUUAUAAACAAUCUUUCCUUGCGCUUGGUAGUUAUUGUCUUCUGAUGUAAAUAUCCAAUUUUAAAACACUUGUUUAGUUUAUUUCAUGAAGUUAUUCUAGUCAAAAUAUAGUUAUCCAGGAUAUAAUACUAUAGCAAAGACUUGGACAUUUCAAUUCCAUAUUCCAAUUUAAACGUCCCAUACUUACUUUUAGGGGAGGUCCGGUGGCCGAAGUGAUAACGGUGCCGGUCUUCACACGGCAGGACUGGGGUUCAAAUCCCAUCCAGACCGCGCCUCCCUGUACGAAGAAGGGCCGGGGACCUCUCGAGGUUGCUCGACGCUCGUUCGCUGACGUUCUCGGUGGAUCGCACUAACGCAUCAACCGCGGUUCGGUUACACAAGCCUCCAGAAAUGUAUCUUAAUUUUUUUUCUUGACUGUUGUUUUUAAUUUUCUUUUUACUCGUACUUUGUGUAAUAAGUACAUUGUUGCGGCACCGCCGCGCUCCAUUUCUUUACAAACCAAAGUUCGGUAAAUCUACUUUAUUCACGCAAACAUUCGGAUCGUACAAAUGAUUUACAAUUUCAAAAUAGUGCUUCCUUGGCGGCAACUGAACGAUAACUGCCUGAUAGCUCGCUUGUGCAUCGUUUUCUCUUCCUCCCACGGAACCCUUCAAUUGUUUGGACCUUUACAGGGCUCCGCCUCACGAUGACAUUUCUCCUUCUACACUGUCAAUUUCGGUUCCAACAAUCCCCGGCGCGUAACCCAGUCCCCAUCUCCUAACUGGUGUUACCUUAUUCUACUUCAAGAACCGCCAAAUUGCUCGUAGAACGUUUGAAUCUUCCGUUAUUAGUCUUGACCCAAGCCUGACGAAUCCUACCAUCUCCUGCUACUAUUACUUCAUCGAUAAUUCCUCGCACCCAACAUUUUCUAUUCUUCCCAUCUACUACGUAAACAAGAUCUCCGCACUCUAACGGUUUUGUCUCCCCGAACCAUUUUGUUCUUUGAUUGAGAGUGGGCGCGUAUUCCCUAACCCAUCUAUCCCACAGUACAUCUGACAAUUGCUGAGUCCUUCGAUAUGAAUCACGCAAAGCUUCUUUCACGUUCGUCUGUGGAUAAGUGCGUGCAUCUACAUCUGACACGCCACGCAAGAAGUGAUUUGGUGUCAGGGUCUCCUGAUCGCUGCCAUCUUGAGUUACCGUAGUCAAGGGUCUACCGUUGAUGAUGUCUUCAGCUUCUACUAUAACCGUUUGAAGAAUCUCGUCUGUCAAUCGUCUUCCAUCAUCAAUCGCUGCUAGGACGCCUUUGACCGAUCGCACCAAUCGUUCCCACACUCCUCCCAUGUGAGGGGUGAUGGGAGGAUUGAAGGUCCAUUUGGUUCGCGCGUUAGUGAACUGGUCCGCACACUCGUUCUGGAUGUUCCCAACUGCUUCGGUGACUUCACGGCUUGCUCCUCUGAAGUUAGUCCCGUUAUCGGAGAAGAACUCAACAGGCCAACCUCGUCGACAGAUGAAUCGCUUCAGUGCCAUUAGACAAGAUUGUGUAGUCAGGCCAUGAGCAAUCUCAAGAUGGAUUCCACGAACCACCAGGCACGUAAACAAAACUAUCCAUCUCUUCUCAGUACGACGUCCAAUGGUUACAUCGAAUGGACCGAUGUAGUCUACUCCGGUGUAGUUGAAGGGCCGAAGAUAGGGUGUAAGGCGUUGCACCGGCAACGGCGCCAUUCUGGGUACGUUAGGAUGAUUACGACGCACCUUACACCAUACACAAGCUGUUGCCUCUUUUCGCACAGUAGCGUCGAGAUGCAGGAUGUAGUAGAGCUGUCGUAGGUCAUUCUUCACUGCUUCACGAUACCCAUGUCCACUCUUCUCGUGAUGAUGACGUACUAUCAAUCGCGUAACCAUAUGAUCAUUCGGUAAUAUUACGGGGAAUCUCAAACUGAAAGGAAGAAAUUCUGCUCGUUCCAUCCGACCUUCCAUUCGAAUGAUUCCAUGCACAUCUAGCAUCGGAGACAGUUUAUACAAAGCACUGCUUUUAUCAAAACUAAUCCAUUGAUCAGUUGGGCGAUCACUGUUCUUGAUCAGUAUCUUCAUCUCAUCCAGGAAACAAUCAACUUGUGCCAUCUUCAAUAAAGCUCGUUCUGCCUUUUCAUAUUCAUGUUGUUGCAGCUGCACUCGUUUUUGCUCGACCUUCAAUUGGAGCAGCAAUUUCCUUUGUCGAUCAGUGGCCUGCAACAUUUCUAAAGGUUUUCCUUCUACCUUUUUUCUGCAGUUAGAGAUGAAUCUAAAUACGCAUGCCAUAGUACGCACUAGCACUGUCCAUUUGGAAAAACGUUGAGUAUCAAUAAUACCACAAGGAACGUUCACAUCGUGGAUUAAGAGGUGCACUCUUAAAUCCUCAGCUGUAUUCAUCUGUGGAAUCUCCUGUUGCGGCCAAUAUUCCUCUUCGUUGUAGAGAUAUGAAGGUCCCUUUAACCAAAGGCUAUCCGGUGUCAUGUCUACAGAAUUUCCCCACUUGGUUAGUAAGUCAGCAGGGUUGCAUUUAGAGGGAACCCAGUUCCAAUCCUCGACGCUAGAUGUAUGUAGGAUUUCUCCUACUCGUAGGCCAACAAACUGCUUAUAGCGUCUUGUAUCCGAGCGUAGCCAAGAUAAAACUACCCUUGCGUCGGUCCAGUAACAGGUACGAGAAAUGUUAAAAGAGUGAGUCUCCAACACCUUUGUCGAUAGCCGCACACCUAGAACUGCCGCCUCAAGUUCAAGACGAGGUAUCGACAUUGGCUUCAGAGGGGCCACUUUGGCACGGCUCAUUACCAACGUACAUUUUACUGCUCCACCGAUGAUCGCUCUAAAGUAGGCAACUGCACCAAACGCUGUUUCACUCGCAUCUGUAAAUAUAUGCAGCUGUAUAUGUUCCACCUCACUUGAAAGUACUCCGCCGAAGUAACUGCGAGGGAUCUGGCAUGACCCAACCUCCUGUACCAGCAACAGCCAUCUCUUCCAUUUUUCAAAUGACUCAGGAUCAAUCUUCGAGUCCCAAUCACAUCCGGUUCGCCAUAAGUCCUGCAUUAACAUUUUACCUCGAACAGUGAUUGGAGUAAUCAAACCCACCGGGUCGAAUGAUGUCAUCACCACACUCAACACAAUCCGUUUUGUAGGUUGAAAUCCUUCUUCGAUGUACUUUCGAUGAUCCUCAUCAGUCAGCACACUGAAGCAAAAGACAUCAUCCGUUGAUUUCCAGCCAAUACCCAGAACACGGUCGUAAGUGGUGUCGCUCAAAAACUGCACCGCUGUUUUCUCACUUCUUUCUCCAACUUCCUCUAGGAAUGUCUCUGAAUUAGACAUCCAGUUUCGGAUGUGAAAACCUCCUUGCGCGUGUAUGUGUCGAACUUCUUUUGCCAGUUUGAUGGCUUCCGCUUCUGUAUCAACGCUGUCGUAGUAGUCAUCGACAUAGUGCCUGUCUAUGAUUGCUCGUGCAGCUUCGGGAUACUCCUUAACGAAUUUAAGGGCGUUCACGUUCUUUAUGAAUUGAGCUGAACAGGGUGAGCAAGUAGCCCCAAACGUGGCUACAUCCAUUACAUAGACCUGCGGCUUGCCCUCUAUAUUGCUGCCGAACAAGAAUCGUUGUGCCUGAUUAUCUUCGUCUCGUAUUCGCAGUUGAUGGUACAUCUCUUUCAAAUCGCCUCCGAAUGCGAUUGCUCGUUCACGAAAUCUACAAACAACUUUCGGCAAAGGAACCAACAUAUCUGGCCCUUUAAGUAGCAGGGAAUUCAAAGAGACUCCUUCCACUGUUGACGCUGCAUCCCAAACCAAACGGAUCUUUGUUGGUUUCUUCGCGUUAUGCACCACGUUAAGGGGUAGAUACCACACCUCUUCUUUGGAAAAUUUGGACAGUUCUUCCUUGGUAAUCUUAUGGGCAUAGCCCUUUCGUUCAUAUUCCUUUAUCAUGUCAACUACUUUCGACUCCAACACAGGAUUCUUCUUCAGACGUCUCACCAAUUGCAGCAUACGCUUCUCUGCUGCAGGAUAGCUAUCAGGAAAAACUCGAUUGUCUUCUCGCCAAAGCAACCCCGUUUCGAAUCGAUUCCCUAUUCUUCUAGUUGUUUUCCGGAGAAUAUCUGUUGCCCGUUUUUCCUCGGGAGCCAUCGGCAUUUCAAAGGCAGGAGCACUCAUUUGCUCCAAUUUAUACUGGUCGCCCACCGCGUCAUGAAGUUCUCGAUUGGUCAUUGUGGUGAUGCAAUGAAAGUUUAAUAUGACAUGUGGAGCCGAAACACUGUUGUCUACACCGUAAACUGUCCAGCCUAUCUUGGAUCUUACCGCAACCGGUUCGCCUGAAUUACCAACUCUGGUCUCUAAUGCAGCAAACAACUCAAUGUUAUUAAGCCCUAUUAUCAUCAAAGGUUUUUGUUGACUAUUUUCGCUUAUUGGAAUAUUUUCCAGAUGUUUGUAACGUUUCACGACAUCAGCCAAUCUCAAGGAUUGAUUCGGCAGCAUUAGUCCAGAAACUGUACGAGUUUCAAAUAGUUUCCAUUUCUCUGAUGAACCUUGGCUUGAUAUUAAGAGAUCCAACUUCCUGGAUCGGUCUUCAAUGCGACUUAUAUUUCCGGUCCAGGUAAUUCGCAACGGCUCGUUUCGACCAUUCGCUUUCAGCUGUUUCGCAACACUCUCGUCUAUCAAGGUUGCAGAUGAACCUUCAUCAACAAAUGCUGUGAUAUCAACACUAUUGCUGCCCGAAUGAAGAGUAAUUGGUAUCGUCCGAUAGAUCACUACUGGUGAUCGCUGCAUGUCUCCGUUUGAAUCAGCUUUCUGUAGCUGAACGUGCUCUUCAGUUCGAUGUACCAACGUGUGAUGCUGUUUUCCGCAGCCAUCUACUUCGCACCGCAAAGAUCUUGAACAUAUUCCGCGACAAAAUUUGCUCAAACACGUUUUACACAGCUUCUCUUUCUCUGCCGCAACUAAUCUCUCUGACACCGUCAUCUUUUGAAAUUGGUUGCAAUUAUUUAGUGUGUGUCCCAAUUGCUUGCAAAUCCAACAGCUCGAGUUCUUGGUAGUAACAGCAGCAUCCUUUGAAUUGUGGAUAUUGGAAUAUUCUUUCUUAUAUCUUCCGGUGUUCAUUGGCUUCUUUUUGUUAAAUGCUUUAUGAUUAGACUCGUUACUAUCACGUCGCGUUGGAGGCUCUGCUUCAUACUCGGCAACUUCUACUAGCUCGCUCACCACGGAUUGGAUGAAUUUGUUGAACAAACAUAAGGCACUUUCAGCUUUGCCGUUCUUAUAGCGAAUCCAUUCCCGUUUAUAGCUAGUAGGAAGCUUUCCUACUAAUUCUUCGACCAAUAAUGGAUUUCCUAGAUGUUCAGUCAUAUCGCAAGCUACUAGAUGUUCGUUGAGUUGCUUAACUUUCAUUCCAAACAUUAUGAAUGUAUCAAUCUGAUCAUCAGUGGGUGCUUUCGUUUCGCGAACUUUCUUGAGCAACCCUUUCAAUAGUUUUUGUGGUCUUCCAAAAAGAUUUUUCAAGUCUUCAAUGACACUUGGAACGGUUUCUGGUACCAUAAGCGAUCCUCGAACUUGUUCUAAAGCGUCCCCAGUUAAGCAAUCUUGUAGACGUUUGAGAUUUUCUAGGUUGGAGAAUCCGCAGGCUUCCGUUGUGUAAUUAUAGCUGCUUAUGAAAAGCGGCCAAUCUUCAGCCUUACCGCUAAACCUCGGCAAGCUUGUACUCACGGAUUUUCUAGCUAAAUGUUGUUCGGGAGUAAUACUCACUGCCUUCGACAAAGCUGGCUUAGUUUCCACAAUAGGAUGGCUGAUAUUAAGCUGCUGGUAUGUUCGUUCCAUUUCUUCCAAUUCUUUCUGAUGUUUCCUUUUCAGCUCAUAAAGUUCCUUCCGUAGAGCUAUUUCCUUACUAUGACGAGCAUUUUCCUCCGCAAUCUGUCGUAACAUUUCUUCUGCCGUUUCUAAUGCCAUGUUUUUUACGACCGUCUGAUCUAAGCUGAGCCCCUCUUCAUCGCUGUUUUCUGACGAAGGAUUCAUGUGUAACCCGCUGGGUCCGGCUUCAGCGUCGUCAUUUAUUUUCUUGCUGCGUGUAUUCGGCAUUCCAAGCUGUUGACUUGUCGCUGUCGCUUCCCCAGAAGUUCGUUUCUGGACAAUGUUUUCUUCAGUCCGUCUGCUUAUUGCCGGAACUGCACACACACGCUUGAUAUGAUCGUCUUUCACCAAGCUGGCUUCCAAAAGUAGCGUUUGUUGAUGCUCAUGCACACUCACACAAUUACAAGAACACGGCACUAUAGUCCAAAUUGUGCAAUAUUCUUACACUCGUAUUCACUCGAACACAGUCGAACACAAACGUUAACGUUUGUCCACAAUUGGACCACGACGCUAGCUGUUCCAGGAGACAAUGUACUCUUGUGUACCACGCCAGAGGACAACAAUGCCACUCCUUAACAUCCACACACAAUCACAUUAGCACAUGUCCACAAUCGGAUCACCGACACGAACUGUUCUUGGAAAUGCGUCUUUGCUUUCCACACUCUGACACGUUAGCACAUGUCCUCGAUCAGACCACCGACACGAACACACACACACACGCACGCACGGACACGUUAGUACAUGUCCUCGAUAGGACCACCGAUGCGAACUGUUCUUGGGAAUGCUUCUUUGCUUUCCACGCACACGCACACACGGACACGUUAGCGCAUGUCACGAUCGGACCAUCGACGCAAACAGUUCCGGGAAUUGCUUCUUAGCUUUCCACGCGCACGCACACACACACGGACACGUUAGUACAUGUCCACGAUCGGACCACCGACACGAACUGUUCUUGGAAUUGCUUCCUAGCUGUCCACGCACACGGCCGCGCACAUGCACCGACUUCCAGAUCAGGCAAAUUCACCGAAUUUCUUGCACGCGCGUGCUGAAGGCAGUCACAAAUUUCCGUUUCUUUCCUUUUAGCGAAGUUUACCGUGCUACACCACCAGGCUUGCACUCGCAAUUUAGUCAACUCAAUUAUGCAACUCUUCCGCGAAUCCUUGUAAUCACCGAUUACAAUCAACGAAAUGUUCCUAAUUACUCGCAUAACUUAUGCACAUAAACACUUUCCUCGAUUCUCUAUAGUCACCGACUAUUCUUCGCAGGAUUGUCCAUGUUAGCACUUUUCAUACGAGUCCAGCUUCAUUCAAUACGCGCCACUAAUUAUUUUGAAAAUUUGUUGCGGCACCGCCGCGCUCCAUUUCUUUACAAACCAAAGUUCGGUAAAUCUACUUUAUUCACGCAAACAUUCGGAUCGUACAAAUGAUUUACAAUUUCAAAAUAGUGCUUCCUUGGCGGCAACUGAACGAUAACUGCCUGAUAGCUCGCUUGUGCAUCGUUUUCUCUUCCUCCCACGGAACCCUUCAAUUGUUUGGACCUUUACAGGGCUCCGCCUCACGAUGACAUUUCUCCUUCUACACUGUCAAUUUCGGUUCCAACAUACAUGAAACUUGUUAGAAAAAAAGGGAAGGAACCCGUGCCUCAAAUUGGAUGAGAUUUGCUGAUAUAAAUAUGGCGAACCCUGUUUUAUUUAUAAAACUGUUACUGCAAAGCACGUUGAACUUAAAGCAAAAAUUUAAGACAAAAACACAUUUUUAGCAUAUCCUAGUCAUGUAGAGGUAUCCUGUCGGUCACGCACUUCGACGCUCGGUGAAUUAACACACCGACGAUCGUGGGGUUCGAUUCUAAUCUGGGACUGACCUUUCUUUCUUAGCUAUAAAUGUAGAAAAAUGUAGAAAGCCAUCAUAUGGCAAUCGUUCGGAGCAUUGUAGAGUUGAGUAGAGGGAAAGUUAUUUUCCACAGUGAAGCAGAUCGUAUAGUUGUACUACUUAAACUGACGCACUGUGGAAGUGUUCUGGAGUGCAUUUCUUCCCCCUUGAGAUACCAACAUUCCUGUGUGGUUAAGUAGUCUCUACUGAACAUCACAUUUUAAUAGCAGUUACCACGAAUAAAAAAAAACAUCGAUCCAAACGAGAUUAAUGCAUGCAGACAGACUUUUACAUUAUAGAGCAUUAUAGCAUUAAGCUAAAACAUUGCAAGUUAUGAAUACUUUAAAAAAAAGUGAGUAUAGCGAGUAAGGGUGCAUAGUUUGUCAGGGAUGAACAAUAUCUUUAUCCUACAAAAUGUCUUCUUAAUUAGCUUGUUAAAGUUUUCGAAUGCAGUGGCUCGUGCGCCGUCGUAAAUUUAUGUAGAAUUUAAAACAUCGUUAAAAUAUUAUUAAAACAUAACUAAACAGAAUAAAAUGUAUAAUAAAGCCGG